UUCAUGUUUAAUAUUUUUAAUAAAGUCACAAACCAAGAAACGAUGUUACCUGAAAAAAAUUUUUUAUGUUUCAUAUUUAUAUAAAUGGGGGAUAUGGCAGCAAAAGAACACAUAGUGUGUGUCCUGGAUUUUUUGGGGGGAGAGGGGCAUCUGCACUCAGAGACAUGGGGAAGUCCCUGGGUCAGGAAUGGAAACUGCACCACGGCAGCGACCCCAGCAGCCACAGUGACAACACCAGAUCCUUAACCCACCAUAUCACAAGGUAAAUCCUGUUCUGGAUUGUUUUAACACCAUCAAACAGUUAAAUUAUUAACUUUCAAAUGACGUUUUUGAGAUGGACUGCAUGGCCUUCGAGGUAGUAUUACACGGAGGUGAGUCAUGUUCUCUCCAGUCGGAUAUUCGUAGAUUCUCACCUCUUCCCCGCCAAGCUGUGUGUGGUACUUAGCCUCUCUGUGCCUGCAUGCUCAACUGCCUUUUCUAAGAAAUGGGGAUAAUAACAGUAUCACCUCCAAGGGUUGGUAUGAUAAUUAAAUGACAUAAUCCAGUAAAAUCUUGGCACAGUGCUGGGUACCUGGGAAGCACUUCAUAAACACCAGUUCUUGUUACUGAUAUUACUUAUGUCUGCCUAUCUUUGUUUUUUUGUUUGUUUGUUUAUUUUUCAUGCUGAUGGGGACUGAAUUGUUUUUUUCUUCUUAGUACCACACCAGAGUCACACGCAAGUUCCCAGGCUAGGGGUUGAAUCUGAGCUGCAGCUGCCGGCCUACACCACUGCCACAGCAACAUGGGAUCCGGGCCCUCUCUACAACCUACAUGGCAGCUCACGGCAAUGCCAGAUCCUUAACCCACUAAGUGAGGCCAGGGGUUGAACCUGCAUCCUCAUGGAUACCAGUCAGGUUCUUAACCUGCUGAGCCACAUGGAGAACUCCUGAUAGAGAUGGGACCUGAUGCCCUAUUAGAGGAAUUUUUUUUUAAUGUUAGCACUACUCUCAAAAGAGCUGAGCUCUGGUUUUGUCUCCAUUGCUUACCAGUUAUGUGGCCUUGGACACAUCUCAAUGAAUUUUAUCAGCUGUAAAAUGUGAAUAAUACUCUGUGCUCUACCCUGUCUACCCCUAGUACUCAGGCCAGAUGAGAUCACAUAGUUUUGUUUGGCUUCUUUGAUAUGAAGUGUCAUUCACAUGUAAAAUCUGAUGGGGGUAAUGAUGAUAAUGGCUUUGGGAUGCAGGGUACCGUUAAGUGUAAAGGAAUACAGUAUUCAGGCCUGAGAAGGCCAGACUAUAGGUCACCGUUCUGACUGUCACAUCACUGCCUUCAACUUCAGGAUGACACUCCUCUCAAUAAACAAGGAGAGAGAGAGGCAGACACAAAGAGAGAGAAAGAGAAAUUAAUACUCAGACCCAAUUAGAAUCUCCUGAUCUAUUAUCAUUACCAUUAUAUUAAUUGUUGGUAUUAUGCUAUCGUUAUUGAUCUAAAGAGCCCUUAAAAAUCUUUUUUCUUUAAAGAGGAAAAUGAAAGUCAAUAUUUGGCUAGAACCCAAGUCUCAUGGCAGACAAAAUCACAUUCCUUUCUCUAAAAGAGCAAAUUACAUAUUCAGAUAUAUUUAUUUUACAAAGCAGGGUAUAGAAUUACACAAACAGAAAGAUCCUAUCUGUAUUUAAAUACAGAGGAAAAGCUAGAAGAAAAUACUUCAACUACUGCUUCUCUGAAUUUUUGAAAUUUCUACAAGUAUAUGUUAAGGUUAACAAAAAGAUGAGUAAAAAGAUUCUAAAAUAUGGUCUGUUCUCAGCAGUCUUUAUGAAAAGAGGUAGCAGUGACAGCGAGCCCAUUUUCUGAAGAUAAUGAAAGAAUUUUGAGAAUUGCUGAGAUUUGUGGGGAAAGAACCCAGUCCUGGGACAAUGAGACUUAAUUGUUAGGUGGGGCUUCUUUUUGACUUUAUGUCCUGGGUUUAGCUCUUCUCAGAAAUUUGUUCCAAAGAUAAUAUAUCAUUGAUCUGCUCUAGUUUAAUGAAGCUCAUUUUAAUUAAGAGUUUCUAAUAAAAGAAUUAUGUCUCUUGCUAAAUCGAGCCUUGGUAAGCUAGGGAUAAAAUAUGCCAUAAAUAUUACAUGGCUGCAUUGGUGCAAAGUUAUGAGCAAUGCAGUGUGCUAAAAAUUCAAGUGUAUAUUAUCAAGAUCUGCCGCUUUAUAAGUAAAGCCAACAUGUCCAAUUAAAAACAUGCUGAAAAUUAAUACAACAGUGCUGUAUUAUUUUUAGACUCACUUUUAGCAAGGCUAUCUUAAGUACUUUUUUAAAAUUCCAAGUCUUUCUCCUCUGGCUUUCACAGAACUGAUUCCCGGUGCAGGCAUUACACAGCAAAAAAAAAAAAAAAAAAAAAAAAAAAAUCAGCAAGCUAUGUUAAAGCCAAAAGCUGUCUUUCCACCAUACAACAUAUUUUCAGAUAUAAAAUUUCACAAAUGAUUAAGCUUAUAUUUAGAACAAUAGAAAGAUACAAAAUAUUUUUAAUUUUAUAAAUACUUCAAUUAACUAUUCAUAAAAAAACAGUCACUCAGAAAUAUAAGGCAAAAUUCAAUGAAUAAAAAUAUCUGGCAAGGGAAACAAACACCAUUUCGGUGCCUAAUAUUAGAAAAAGGACAUUGUGAUUCAGACGGACUUGUUUUAAUUAAAGACUAUGGGGAUCUACACAUCCCAAUUCCCUGGCAAGCCUUUCUCUCUUGAGGAUAUUUUUAUUUUGCUUUCAACAACUCAAGUCAAAAAAAAAAAGUCAAAGUGGCUUUUAAAGUUUGACAUCCCAAGGCUCGAGGAGAAAGUAUUUGCUUUUGUUUUCCUUAGGUUCUCAUUCCAGGGGAAUGAGUCCCAAGCUUCCUGCAUCAACAGCCCUCUAAACAAUCAGCGAAGGACAAUUUAUUUUUUAAAAAAUUAUUUGUCAUGAAUUCUAGAAUUAGAUCCCAAGCGAAAGGAUUAGGUUCAAGACAUCACAGCAAAUUGGGACAAAGUACAGAUGAUCUAUGCUGGGAUGGAGUCAGCCUACCAAUUUGACUGUGAGGUCUUCCAUCCAAAGCAUCCUGCUUGCUGUUCAGUUUUCACAUCCUCCUUGCAUUUUUGUGUAUCAAAAGAGUAUUGUUUUUAAGGUAAGGAAAUAUGGAAAGGAGGAAGAAAAUGCCAACUUCUUAUUUUUCUAACCUUACUUUUGAUCCAAAGAAGAAACUCCUUAUGCAAAGAACAUUUUCCCCAUUAGCAUUAUGUACAACCUCGUAAUAACUAUCUCUUAACUACAAAGUUAACAUUUGCACUUUACCUACUGAAAGAACACAUAGCAUGCUCUGUAUUUCCCUACAGAAAUAAAUUGAUUCAAAACACACUGUAGCUUGUGGUGCCACAACCCAGAGAUAAUUUCAUUAAGAAUAUCUUACAUCUAAAUCAUAUGUAACUUCCUUAUUUAGAAUAAAUUAUAAAAAUAUCAUAGUCAUACUCAACAGAUAAAUUCAUAUGUCUUCAUGCUUAUACCCUCUCGUUAAUAUUUUCAGAAGAUUCCAGAGCCUUAGUGUCAUUAAGGUAAAAAGUGCAAAAUCAUACAUAUCUUUCUAUGUAAAAUAUUAUGGUAGUAAAUGUUCUUCAAAAAUAUGAGACAAAGAGGGAAGAAAGGAAGUUACACAUUUUUUAAAAAAAGUUUAUAUACUAAAUUCAUUGGCUUGUAUAACCUUCAAGUCACCUUCAGAAAGAGUGAUUAAAGUGAAAAGUCUAAUAUAAAAUAAAACGUUUUUGCUAAAUGUGGAACUGGAUCAAUCAUUUUUAAAGUCAUGGGAACUUUUUUCCUUUUUUCCUUAAGGUGACUGUUAUCAUUCUCUGUAUUAUCCUGUUGUGGCCCAACUGAACAAUACUUUAUGUGACAUUGAAGUUACAAAUUUAAGAUGUAGACACUAAGUGGAUUUAAUCGUAGUAGUUGGCCAUUAUUUCAUUGGCAAGAAACACUCUCUUUCUUCUGUAACCAGUUAAAAGCUGAAAUGUUUCUGAGCUACCUUAGAUACCAGGCAAAAUAGGCUAAUUGUGAAGUUAGACAUGUGUUUCCUUGUAAAUGUCUCUCUGCAGAGUCAUCCCAUUUUCAAAGCCCUGAAAAAAACUAACAGCAGCAGCCUGCCGGUUAACCAUUUGCUCUCAUUGCAGAAAGUGCUGUCAGCCCAUGUGCAAGAGGAAAUGGCUGUCUUAUAUUUUUUAUUUUUAAAAUAUUUUUAAUAAAAGCAGAAAGUGCUAAGAAACUAAAGCGUAAUUACUGCAUAAUUAUUACUUGGCCCUAACUGAGGGCAUGUUUCAGAGUGCAACUAGGAGAUUGGCAUACUUUAUAGAAAGGCAGAUAAUUGUCUGUCUUUUUUUAAAAAAUUUAUUCAUCUGAAACCAGAAAAUUCAUCUGAAAUAUUUUUGCAAUAUUCAUGGGUCAGUCCCUUCACUCUGUCACCUGUAUCUCCCCAAAGCUUAAGACAUGUACUCUUCUUGCCUGAAAGAUAACCUGUCUCUUAGCAAACCAGAACAUCUUUCCCCCACAGAGCCUGCAAUGAUGCAGUUUCAUAUUAAUAAGCCGAAAGUAACUCCCUAUGUAAACUCCUUCUAUUUUUAAAAUACAAGAGGGCCAAGAGAUCUUAUAAAAAUAGAAAAUGUAAAAAAAAAGAAAAACAAAAAAAAACAAACCUCCAGAAAGCCUUUGCUGAUAAUUCUGAUUAUUUACUGAUUCAUAUGACCUUAUCAUUUAAUUGGGGGAAAAAAAGACUAGAGAAACCAUGCUGUGAAAAAUAUUGAAGUCUGGGGUCUCAACUUUUCACAAGUAACGGUUUGCUCUCAGCAAUAGCAAGCAUUUCCCACGCAAUCACUUUUGCCUGUGGCCCCAGCAAACAUGGUCAUUAGUUAGGCAUUCUAUUCUUGCAGGAUUCUGAAGUUUUUUACCCUAAAUUACUCCCAAAGCACAAUGCAAAAUAAAGGGACAUUUUAACAGCAGUGCACUAGACAAGAGGAAGUCUGUGUAGAUUCCUUACUUAAGCAAACAUGUUUAAAGAUAUGGAAAGUCAAUUCUAAAUCAGUCAUUAAAAUAUAAAUGGAAGGGAAAAAAAAUCUGGUUUUAUUCAAAGUUGUGGUGAAUCUGUCUGGCAACUUUUAAAUUAAUUUGAAAUUACUUCAGGUAUUUUUCAAUCGCCCCAGUCAUACACAGGGAUUACUGAACAGAAAGAUAAGGCAAUUGUUUUUGUUCAAACUUAUCAUAAACUAUAUUUCCCUGGAUUUUUCAUUUUAGCAGAUUUCAAAUUCCCCUUUCCAAGGAAUAUUUGACCUUCAGAUUUCAGGUCCGGUCUAUCUUGAUUUCCUUCAUCCAUCAUAUGUUAGAAAACUCAAACUGGGCUACAUGUAUAUUAUCUCUGUUACCUGACUUUAAUGAAUUUUGUUUUCAAAUCUGCAAUCUGUUCAAUGUGCCAACCCUGCAUUGCAGAGAAAUCUUAAAGUGCAAUUCCAGUUUGGCUCCUUCAGAGUCACUACAAACUGGCUUUAAUUGUAUUUACUCAGGUAGAAGGGAGAAAAGAGACCCCCACCAACCUAACCAGACAGGCAAUGCUGGGCGACAAGCCCCCAGGGCGGCUGAAUCUUUCAGUUUGCCGGCCUGGGCGCUGUCCUUGGUGCUGCCGGCGCCAUAGCGAGCACCAGCGCCUUACCUUCUGCCCCUGCCGAAGUGCGGACGUUCCCCCAAACGUUAAGCUGAAGGCUGCGCCAUAUCCCACUUUUAAUACAAAUAAAUACCCUGGCCCAUCCUCUUUGUCCCCAUCCCGAAGCCUUCAGGCUGACCGUUCCUCAAAGUCUUUUUGAUUUUUUUCUUCUAGGCCCAACUCGGAGCCUGCGCUCAUCUCGGGCUGCUUUAAGACACGGAGUGGGGGAAGGGGAGGGAGGCAAGGGGAGAUGGGGAUGGGGAGGGGCGGAAAGAAGGGGGAGGGGGGAAGGAGAAGGGGAAAAGAAAAGGUUGGAAAGAAAAAGAACCCGGAGGAAGGGGCUCAGAGAGAAGGAAGGAGUAAGUGGGACUAAAGAAGGCUUAAAGUGGAAGGGAGAAGAGAUGCCAAAAAGAGGGGGAAGUGAUUAAGCACAGAAGAUGGGUAAAGAAAAAUUAAUGGAGAAAGGGCAAAAGAAGAGAAAAGCGUGAGGAUAAGAGUGCAAAGGGGGGAGGGGAGAACAAGAUGGCCAUGGGGUCGUUAGGAAAGAUGCCCCAAGUGGGAAAGUGACUAAACAAAGAAAGGCCGUUGGGUGAAUACUCGCACCAAGGGCAUAAAAUGCAAUCCGAAGGUGAAAAGAAAUAGAGGGGGAGGGGUUGAGGGGAGACAGGUGGUCUGGGACCCAAAGAAGAGCUAGGGGGAGGGGCCGGGGCCAAGGCAUCAAAGUCCGGGGUCCCGGGCGGCGUGGGCCCACGUGGAGCCGGCGCUGAAUCACUGCUGGGCUGUCUUCACCCCCCAUCCCCCGGCCCGGUGCCCGCAGUCCCCGCCUCCUCGGCCGCCGCCUCCACGGGGCGGGGCCCUGGCCCGGGACCAGCCGCCGCGGCUAUAAAUGGGCUGCGGCGAGGCCAGCAGAACGCUGUGACAGCCACACGCCCCGAGGCCUCCAAGAUGAGCUACACACUGGACUCGCUGGGCAACCCGUCCGCCUACCGGCGGGGAACCGAGACCCGCUCGAGCUUCAGCCGCGUUAGCGGCUCCCCUUCCAGCGGCUUCCGCUCGCAGUCGUGGUCCCGAGGCUCGCCCAGCACAGUGUCCUCCUCCUACAAGCGCAGCGCUCUAGCCCCGCGCCUCACCUACAGCUCGGCCAUGCUCAGCUCCGCCGAGAGCAGCCUCGACUUCAGCCAGUCCUCCUCCCUGCUCAACGGCGGUUCCGGGCCGGGCGGCGACUACAAGCUGUCCCGCUCCAACGAGAAGGAGCAGCUGCAGGGGCUGAACGACCGCUUCGCGGGCUACAUCGAGAAGGUGCACUACCUGGAGCAGCAGAACAAGGAGAUCGAGGCGGAGAUCCAGGCGCUGCGGCAGAAGCAGGCCUCGCACGCCCAGCUGGGCGACGCGUAUGACCAGGAGAUCCGUGAGCUGCGCGCCACACUCGAGCUGGUGAACCACGAGAAGGCUCAGGUACAGCUGGACUCGGACCACCUGGAAGAAGACAUCCACCGACUCAAGGAGCGCUUCGAGGAGGAGGCACGGCUGCGCGACGACACCGAGGCGGCCAUCCGCGCGCUGCGCAAAGACAUCGAGGAGGCGUCGCUGGUCAAGGUGGAGCUGGACAAGAAAGUGCAGUCGCUGCAGGAUGAGGUGGCCUUCUUGCGGAGCAAUCACGAAGAGGAGGUGGCCGACCUGCUGGCUCAGAUCCAGGCGUCGCACAUCACGGUGGAGCGCAAAGAUUACCUGAAGACUGACAUCUCGUCGGCGCUGAAAGAGAUCCGCUCCCAACUCGAGUGCCACUCCGACCAAAACAUGCACCAGGCCGAAGAGUGGUUUAAAUGCCGCUACGCCAAGCUCACCGAGGCUGCCGAGCAGAACAAGGAGGCCAUCCGCUCCGCCAAGGAAGAGAUCGCCGAGUACCGGCGCCAGCUGCAGUCCAAGAGCAUCGAGCUCGAGUCAGUUCGAGGCACCAAGGAGUCCCUGGAGCGACAGCUCAGCGACAUCGAGGAGCGCCACAACCACGACCUUAGCAGCUACCAGGACACCAUCCAGCAGUUGGAAAAUGAGCUUCGGGGCACAAAGUGGGAAAUGGCUCGUCAUUUGCGAGAAUACCAGGAUCUCCUCAACGUCAAGAUGGCUUUGGAUAUCGAGAUUGCUGCGUACAGGAAACUUCUGGAGGGUGAAGAGACCAGAUUUAGCACAUUUGCAGGAAGCAUCACUGGGCCUCUGUAUACACACCGACAGCCCUCCAUCACAAUAUCCAGUAAGAUUCAGAAAACCAAGGUGGAGGCUCCCAAGCUAAAGGUCCAACACAAAUUUGUUGAGGAGAUCAUAGAGGAAACCAAGGUGGAGGAUGAGAAAUCAGAAAUGGAAGAAGCCCUGACUGCCAUUGCGGAGGAAUUGGCAGUUUCCAUGAAAGAGGAGGUCAAGGAAGAAGAGGCUGAAGAAAAGGAAGAGAAACAAGAAGCUGAAGAAGUUGUAGCUGCGAAGAAGUCUCCGGUGAAAGCUGCUGCACCUGAACUUAAAGGAGAGGAGGAAGGAGAAAAGGAGGAGGGAGAAGGCCAAGAGGAAGAAGAGGAGGAAGAAGAGGAGGGCGCUAAAUCAGACCAAGCCGAAGAGGGAGGAUCUGAGAAGGAAGUUUCUAGUGAAAAAGAGGAAGGUGAGCAGGAAGAGGAAGGAGAAAUUGAGGCUGAAGGUGAAGGGGAGGAAGCAGAGGCUAAGGAGGAAAAGAAAGUGGAGGAGAAGCGUGAGGAAGUGGCUCCCAAGGAGGAGCUGGUGGCAGAAGCCAAGGUGGAGAAGCCAGAAAAAGCCAAGUCACCGGUGUCAAAAUCACCGGUGGAAGAGGUGAAACCCAAAGCAGAAGCUGGAGUUGGGAAAGGAGAGCAGAAAGAGGAAGUCGAGAAAGUGGAGGAAGAAAAGAAAGAAGCAGCAAAGGAAUCUCCCAAGGAAGAGAAGGUAGAGAAAAAGGAGGAGAAGCCAAAGGACCUGCCAGAGAAGAAGAAGGCUGAAUCCCCAGUGAAGGAGGAAGCAGGAAAAGUGAGCCCAGAGAAGGCUCCAUCCCCAGCAAAGGAGGAAGCAGGAAAGGUGAGCCCAGAGAAGGCUCCAUCCCCAGCAAAGGAGGAAGCAGGAAAGGUGAGCCCAGAGAAGGCUCCAUCCCCAGCAAAGGAGGAAGCAGGAAAGGUGAGCCCAGAGAAGGCUCCAUCCCCAUCAAAGGAGGAAGCAGGAAAGGUGAGCCCAGAGAAGGCUCCAUCCCCAUCAAAGGAGGAAGCAGGAAAGGUGAGCCCAGAGAAGGCUCCAUCCCCAUCAAAGGAGGAAGCAGGAAAGGUGAGCCCAGAGAAGGAUGCCAAAGAGGAGAAGCCACAGCAGAAGAAGGAGAAAGUGGAAGGAGAGGGAGGGAAGGAGGAGGGAGGUUUGAAGGAAUCCAGGAAGGAAGACAUAGCCAUCAAUGGGGAGGUGGAAGGAAAGGAGGAGCAGGAAACUAAGGAGAAAGGCAGUGGGGGGGAAGAGGAGAAAGGGGUGGUUACCAAUGGGCUAGACUUGAGCCCGGGUGAUAGAAGUGAGGAGAAAGUGGUGGUGACCAAAAAGGUAGAAAAAAUCACCAGUGAGGGGGGAGAUGGUGCUACCAAAUACAUCACCAAAUCUGUAACCGUCACUCAAAAGGUCGAAGAGCAUGAAGAGACCUUUGAGGAGAAACUCGUGUCUACCAAAAAAGUAGAGAAGGUCACUUCCCAUGCCAUCGUAAAGGAAGUCACCCAGAGUGACUAAUAUUUGAGUCCAUCGCAAAAGGUUAAGCCAUAUGACAAUUUCCAAAUGCAUGUGAUUGACAGCUUCAAAACAGAACGGGUUCUCCCAUGGGGGCUCCAGACAUUGUAUUUUACUUUGUGCAAUACGAGGGACCUGCAUGCAAGCUCAGGGUGCUCCCUCCUCAGUCUUUGGGUGAUUCAAAUGCAUGAUACUGUAUGUACCUGGGGAAUUGGCCAAUUUCCUAAGCUGUUGGAAGGGGGGCACUAGCGGGGAUGUCUUGAGAUGUAUUAUACGAAGAACCAACUGAGCCAAAAAUAAUAAAUGAAACACAGAACUCUCUUAGCCUUAAGAAAGCUAUAUAUGAAUAAUUAUGUUUACCUCACUGGUGCAUUUAAAAAGGACUUUUGUUCAUGGGAGAACCUCGUUGACAUGCACAGUUUGCAACUUUUCCGUUGAUUGAUGUUAAACGUCACAGCAGUAUUUGCUCAAUAAAGGUCAUAUUGGAAACAUA